AUGAACUGGGACAGUGAUAGGGAAAUGGGCGUUGCGCCCGCACCGGUGGCUGCUCAUAUCGCACCAGCUGGAGCGAGCUACAUGAACUUCGCCAGCUCUGACCUCAAGUUCCUCGAGAAGCCUUUCGCCAAGGAGCCUGGAAGCGAGAGCAUCUCCUCCUCGGACGGCCCCUCGAGAAGAAAGUCUCGAGUCGAGUUUAACAAGAGAGAGGCUGCGACCGCACCAGAGCUGUUCUACGAUCUUUGGUUUGUCGCCAAUCUUACAGUCUUCUCCUCGGCCAAUCCCAUCACCGAAGAGUCAACUCUGUACAUCUUCAUCGCAUACUUCGUGCUUCUCUGGACAACAUGGUUCGUUACCUCUGUGUACAUCGUUCGAUUUGGACAAGAUGGUAUCCUGGCACGCAUGGGCUUUGCUUGCCACCUGGGCUCCCUGAUCGGCUUCACUCUUCUCGGUAUUUCAUUUGGAAAGGAGAAUUUGCUGCCAACCAUCAUGAGAAUCACGUGCAUCACCAUGGCAUUCUCGCGUCUGCUGCUUGCUACCCAGUACGGAGUCGUUCUCUUCCAGGCCCGCAACUAUUCCAAGACCCGAAUCCCCGUCCUCGUUACCGUUUUGAUCCACUUCGUCCCGGGACUGCUGUACCUCAUCAUUGGCCUCACCAUCAAACCGAGCACCCCCACUGGCCUGAAUGGCUAUGUCUUCAUCAUUUGGUGUACCGUGGCUGUUCUUGAGCUGGUUACCGUCCUCGGGCAAUCUGCCUUGUCCGAGACUCUUAGCUUCGAGGGAACUCACAUGCGAGAACGCUUCAAUGUGUUGACUCUGAUCGUUCUUGGAGAGGGUGCCAGUAUUCUCACCAAGAACAUCACUGUCAUUGUGGAGUUUACUUACCUCAAGAACAUCGUUCCCUACUGGAGCUCUGCACUGAUCGGAACCGUGUUCUGCGCCACAUCCAUCCUGUACUUGUGUUUUGCACUCUACUUCGAUUGGAUGCACCAACACAAUCACAUGAAGCGUGUCCCGCAAGCCAUCUGGUCCUUCCUGCAUCUUCCCUUCCACUGCGUGCUGAUUCUCCUCGCCGAGGGUACUGGCCAAUGGGGAAUCAUCUGGCGAGCCAGCGAGGCACUCACCGAGAUCGGCAACACCUUCACCACCAGCCUGCAGACGGCGGCCCAAUCUCAGAAUAUGACUACGGUCGCCAACGCGCUCCAAAACACGACCCUGACAAUCAUGAACCUGUACGGGGUUGACUCCACUGCCGACCAGAAGGUGAUUUCAGACGCCAUCGAUAAGUUCAAGGCCCUUCCCGACAGCAUUCUGGAAAACGGCAUGAACGCAACCGAGGAGGCAACAUUCACCAACGCUACCAACACCGUUGGCUUCCUCCUGGAACGAGUCGUUUACAAAUCCUUCAGUAUCUCCGUGGGCAAGACGAAGACGUCGGUUGCUCAAAUUCAAAACUCAGAUGUGAGGGCCUCCGUAGAGGCAAUCGCACGGUCACUUCUUGUGCUAUCCUACCUCUUCAUCGCUGCUGGCCUGGCUCUCAUCUUCCUGAUGAUCCUCCAUCUCAUUUCCAAGAGAAAGGGAUGGACUAUUUUCAACAUUGCUCGUACCUCAGCCGUCGUGACUAUCGGAGUCGGUCUCUGUCUUGUGGCUCUCAUCAACACCAAUGAGACGAGCUUGGAGAACUUCACCGAGACUCCGUGGCAGCUGCCCAUCAUUGUUGUCUGCUUCUUCGCGGUGCUGGUCAUUACCCACAUGCCAACACCGCAGGAGAUCAUGGCGAAGUUCCGAAGGUAG